AUGGGUGGCGUUACCGUUCGAGAUGUCGAUGCGCAAAAGUUCAUCGAAGCUUAUGCCGCUUUCUUGAAGAGACAAGGGAAAAUCCGGGUGCCAGGUUGGGUUGAUACCGUCAAGACAUCGCACUCAAACGAACUCCCUCCGCAAUCAGCCGACUGGUUCUACGUCAGAGCUGCAGCCGUUGCUCGACAUGUCUAUCUGAGAAAGUCAGUUGGCGUUGGCCGCCUCCGAAAAGUCCACGGCAGCACAAAGAACCGCGGGUCUCGCCCCUCACACCAUGUCAAUGCUUCCGGCUCGGUUGACCGAAAAGUCUUACAGGCUCUUGAGGAACUCGGUAUCUUGGAGAAGCUUGAUGAUGAUGAGGAAGGUUCUAGCGGAAGGGGCGGGCGGAGAAUAACUCAGGCGGGUGCACGAGAUUUGGAUCGUAUCGCUCAGACAGCCGUGGAGGGCGACGAGGAAGACGAUGAGUAG